UCGGCCAACACCGUCCACAUCGCUUCCCGACAUUCGCCUCGCAACCCAGGGAAGAAAAGGAAAGCAGGCAGGUAGGAAGAAAAAACGAAGGAACGAAACCCCGAAAAUGGGCCUUCUUUCGUCCACAACCCUGAUCAAAGGGCAUGCAUUCUUCCUCUUCGUUCUCGCCGUGUAUCUGACGAGGUCUCCGGAUGUCGUCACGGAGUCGGAUGUAGUGUUCAUGCUGGGCGAAGUCUUGCAGAUCGAUGCAGCCCCGUCGCUCUCGCGCCCCCAAUCGCCCUUUGCGCUAUGUGGCAUCCUCCUCGUGGCCGACGCCCUGGUUGAUCUCGUCCUGGUCACCAAAAUCCCCCAGAUGAAUGAAGUGAUUGCCAUGGCCGCGGCCGCUCGAUCCCAGUCCCCCGUUCCCGUCGCAGGGGCUUUGCGAAUGAAUCCUUUCCUGGCCCGCCUCGCCUCUCUCUACUCCGAAAUUUGGACGUUGCUCUCCGCCUCGCGCUUCUGUCUCUUCUUCGCCAUAUCAUUCUUUAUUUAUCAGAGCAAACCGUCGGCUUGGGGGGUGGACGACACCCGAUCCGCCCUGGGGUAUGGGGCUGCGCAAGAAGCGGCUUCCGGCCUUGAUCAGCUGAAAAAUCGGGUGAUCUUCACCUAUGGGUUUAUGGAAAUGAUGUUUUGGCUUUGGAUAUAUCUCACACUUCGCGAAGAGCGGCAAGAGGUCGCCACCCGCAUUGCAGAGCGAGACCAGUAGUUGGGGGUUCUUAAGUCUCUGGUAAUCGACUGUACUGGAUAGGAGAGGGGGGUUUUAGAAGAUAUAAGUUGAGCUAUCUGGAGCUAUGCGCCAUAGAAACUUCGGAGAUUAUUUCUUUUGUGCUCCUACCCCUCUCAUUCUGGUUUUUUUUUUUUUAUCCUUUCAUUUUCCCCAUCCAUAGAUUCGUCCCUGUGGUCGAGCCUUCACUCGGCCCACGCGUAACCGCGACCACCAAAUUAUUACAUAUCAAAGGAGAUCAACUGCUGACAAUAAAAGAAAAGAGCAACU